UCAUUUAUAAUAAAUACUGCAAUAUUCCACAAAAAAAAGGUCCAUUUUGAUUUUCUUGCUUGAUGACUUUUAUUUUGAAAAUAAACAGCGCUCUUCCGGUCGGACAUUCAGACGCUGCGCUCAUUUUGAAUGAGGCAUCUGAACCAAACAGUAUGAAGACUCCAGUGAGUGUUCUCCGGCUGCCCCGAGGACCGGACCCGAACAGCCGCGGAUUCGACCCGAACUCCCCCCGCUUCAUCGCUCUGUGUCCCACAACACUCUCCUCAUCUUCAUCAGGACGCGCUGACGAAGAGGAGCAGCGGCUGCGGUCAGAUCUGCGCGAGAGAUUUCUGCGGACUCUCUUAUCGAUGACAGACAAACAAGUGGAGUUCAACAUGCACGAGAAAGUGCGCGUUCGCGCGAGGUUCGGGGCCUCGGAUAUAGACGUCCUGAAUUUCCAGGUGUCUGAUUUGGAGACUCCUCUCGGCAUUCAGAGAGAAGCUCUUCUGAGGAGCCAGGAUGUGAUUUCAUGCUCAUUUGAGCUGUGAGAGAGAGAGUUCACUGUGGCGCGCGAUGCCGAUCUUCACCACUAGAUGGCGCCGGAAGUAUUGUGAUGACUGGGUUCAAGGAACUUUCUCGUUGUUUCAUUGUUUUUUUAUGUAAUAAACGUUUGCAAUGUUCAGAACUUCA